AUGGUGUCGCUGCUCCCAGUGUUCGCCCUCCUCGCAACAUGCCUGGCAUCGCCCAGCGAGUACUGGGCCUUGGCGUCUCCCGCCGUGCGAAAAGCACGCGACUUGCAGGGCCUGGAAGCAAGCAGGGCCCUGGGCGGACGCACGCUCAGCGCAGCCGAGAACGGCACGGACGAGAGCGACUCAGAGAGUUUCCCUCCGCGGUGCGGCCGAGAGAAGUACAAUGGCGCGGCCGGGCAUAUGUACUACGCCAACCCCUUCACGACGGCUUGCAGCAAAGCUUCUAUGGACCUCGUCUAUGCCGAUGGUGAUCGAGUGCGUGUGGCUCGGAAGGGCGACCUCAUCAAGAUGCACUGCGACAACUGGGAGUGCCCCAUUCCGCCGGUUGUCGACUGCUACUUUGACCGCAACGCAUGUGCAGCGGAUGAGUGGUGCAUGGUCAUCACACACGAGAAGUGGGGCGCAUGGGCCACGGGCAAGGGAGGCCACACUCCCAACUUCGAGCUGUGUGGUGAGCAAUACUAUGCGGACAUCGAGGCGAUUGCAGCUCGGGACAACGAUGGCAACGUUACGGUGGAAGCCUUGAAGUUGACCCGAGACAGGAUCUGCGGCAGCUCGACGGUGGGCGUGGCCAACGGCAUCCAGCUCGAGGGCUACGCUGAGCACCAGCUCUGGAAGCCCUCCCACGGCCGCUGUGUCAAGUACCGCCUGGAAGGCCAGAGCUGCAUCCCCACGCUGGCCACGCAUGGGCGCUUCGCCAACGCCUUCGUGCGGCGGGCACAGACGAGGGCGGCGGCACCAUAUCCCCACGGUGGCACCAUGGAGCGGCCCCUUGCCUGUGCCCCUGGCCUGGUUUGCACGGGCCCCGACUUCGACGUGCUGCCCUCCACGUGCGUGCAAGAGCGGCCACGGGACGUGUGCUACGCCGGGCCCUGGUGGGACAGCUCCCGUUGCCCACGCACUUCCAUGCAGGCACCGGGCCUAAACCGGCAGUGGGCUGUGGAGUCCUUGCAGACAGCCUUCCUGAUGUUUCCAGGCGAGGUGGCAUCGGCCAUGCACUGCAAGUACUGGACGGGACCUCUGGCUCCCUUCACGAAAGAAGUCAGGAAGGUCACCCACAACAUCUUCAAGGCGCUCUGGCCUUCGCACCUCAUCGGCCCAUGCCCAUCCCUGGACGAUCUCUACGCCAACAUGUGGCACCAGACAGGUGUCGAUUUGGCAGCUUUGAGCGCAGAGGCGUGUGCGGCUGGCGAGGAAAGGGACGGCGGCAUCGCGGAGGCGCUUGCUCUCGUGGGAUCUUGGACCCAUCGGCCAAAUCUCUUGUGGAGCUUGAUCCAUUUUGUGAUGCACAACCAGCCCUCCCCGAUGUCCAGGAACGCAGUGGCAGCCUCCUCCGCCUUGGCAAACCACCUGUCGGAGAAUUUCUGGUGCAACGACUGCCGCGGCUUCUUCACCGUCGGUGUUCUUUCGGUGGUCGGCCUGCCACCUCAGAGCACAGAUGGCGAGGAGCAUGCAAAGUACUGGAACCUUGGCCACAACAUUGCCUCUGAGCACGUUGCGACCACGCGCGGUGGCCACCCGUGGAUCAACACCUUGGAGGAGGCCCAUGAGGCAGAGGUGGGGAACCCUUUCUACGUCCCCUACGAGACUUCCGUGGAGAUGUGGCACGUGGAGACCUCCUAA